CAAUCUAAUUCAAUUCAAUUCAAUUCAUAAAUCAACCAAUUCAUGAUUUCAAUCUAUUUUUCACCGCAACAAAAUGAAAGAGAAUGAAGUUAAUGCUGCGGUACGUUUGUUCCCAUUAAAGCUGUAUAUGUGGGGCGGAUUCAUUCCUUAUGUAAUCUGUUUUCCUUUGCCGUAUGUUCUCUUAUGUCGCAAUUAUACCGGAAGAAAAUAUUGGCCUAAUUUAAUUUCAAAUAACAAUUGGAUCAUGGAGCGAUCAGUUCAGAGCUCCACGUCCUCAACCUCCACCACUAUGCUGCUCAAUCGCGAAGUGCAGGGACACGGACAGAGACACCAGAAAUCCAGAAUAAGAUAGAAAUGAAAUGGGCCCGGGAAAAAGCAAACCCGCAAGCCGACGAAACACGAAUCACUCCCUCGAAUAUUCCAUCCCCCGGCUCGUACCCGUUUUAUUUAUCACCGCCCUCAAAAAUUAAAAAUUUAAUAAUAAAAGCAAACCAAAACGGCAGCGAAUAAAAUAUGAACCGAAAACAAGGAUAGGAACAACCGCUGGCCACUCCCGAAACCACCUAUCUUCACAGCCAAAAAAAACAAAAGAUUCCCAUGUGUACGCGACGCCCCGACUCCGGAAUCCCUCCUCCGCUUUCCCCUCUCCUUUCCUUCUUCCCCACUCGCUCUCUCUCUAUUUUCCUCAUUUCCCCCGUCCUUCGCUCAGUCUCCUCUCUCUCUCUCUCUCUCUCUCCGUCGCCACGCCAGCCAUCGAUCCUCCGUCAUAAUCAGAAUCCCUCCUCCGUCCGUCCGGUCACCUCCUCCACCAAACCUUCCUCUUCCUCUUUCUUUUUAUUUUUUUUCAAUUUAAUUUUAUGCUUGGUGGGAAGCUGUCGUUGCCACAAAGUUUAUUCCCUUCCGAUUCUCCUUUAGAUCCCCUUUUUAUUAUUGUUAUUCUUCUUCUUCUUCUUCCCCCAUUCCUCUCUCCCUUCGUCUUCUUCAUAUUCCCCUCCCCCGACCCCCGAUUCCUUUCUCUCUCCCCCCUGGAUCCGGAUCUUCCUAUGCUCCCCCUUCUUCUCCUUCCCUUAUCUUCAUAUAUAGCCCUAUCCUCACCAGACUGCCAACAAACAAACAAAUUUGAAGUGAGAUGGAUUUCACCGAUCAAAGGAAGCACUGCCACGAGUACGUCGACGCCUUGGAGGAAGAGCGCCGGAAAAUCCAGGUUUUCCAGCGUGAACUCCCCCUCUGUCUCGAGCUCGUCACCCAAGCGAUCGAGGCAUAUCGGAGGGAGCUGUCCGAUUCGACGCCGACGGAGUACACCACGACGGUGCCUGGUCAAUCCGAGUGCUCGGAGCACACCUCCAGCGGCGGAGGCCCAGUGCUGGAAGAAUUCAUCCCUAUUAAGCCCCGCGACGACGAUGAGGAGGAGGAAAAUGAGCACGAAAAUCAUCGUCACACCAACCACCACAAUGAAGAUGAUGAUCAUCGGGGUAGCGGCGGCGACGACGGCGAGAGGUCACUGAAACGGAACCGGACCGAUAAUGAGGAAACCGAAGAUAAUAAAAGCAGUAGCAGUAACAAGAAAUCCGACUGGCUCAGAUCUGUUCAAUUGUGGAACCAGUCCCCAGAUCCACCGCUCCCAAAUGAGGAGGUGCCGAGAAAAGCGGUGGUGAAGGAGGUGAGGAGAAACGGAUCAGGAGGCGCAUUCCAGCCAUUCCAAAAGGAGAAAAACAGUAACAGCGGCGGCGGCUUUGUUGGGAAGAGCAACGGUGGUGGUGGUGGUGGUAAUCAUGACAAUACCAUCACCGUCGCUACUGCUGCUGCGACUACUCCAUCCUCGGUCCUCAGUUCCAGCGCGGCCGCGGCGGGGACCAGCGGCGGCGCUCCCAGCGUCAGCAAUACGAAUAGCAACAAACAACAGAAGGAUGUGGAUAACAAAGAAGCGCAGGCGCAGCAGAGAAAGCAAAGGCGGUGCUGGUCUCCAGAACUACACAGAAGAUUCCUUCACGCUCUCCAACAGCUCGGCGGUUCACACGCUGCGACACCGAAGCAAAUUAGGGAGCUAAUGAAGGUGGAUGGGCUCACUAAUGACGAAGUUAAGAGCCAUUUACAGAAAUACCGUUUGCACACAAGGCGGCCGAGCCACGGGGUGCAGAAUACCAGCAACCCGCCGGGCCCACAGUUCGUGGUCGUCGGAGGGAUAUGGGUGCCAUCGUCGGCGGAAUACGCAGCGGCGGCUGCGGCAGCAGCAGCAGCAGCCGCGACGUCUCCCCGAGAAACGACUCCGAGCGGAUCGAUAUAUGCGCCGGUGGCGAAGACGGUGGCUGCUCAAAGGCAGCAGGCUAGGAGUACGGAGCAGUUGCAGUCGGAAGGAAGAGGCAGCAGCCGGAGUGAAGGCGGAGGAGCUCAUCACCCCUGUUCGCCGAGCACGUGUUCGUCCACUCACACGGCCACUAGCACGCCGGGGAUCUAAUGUUUCCCUUUUUUUUUUUUGGGUCUUGAACAGAAACAAAGGUGUAAAAUUUUUGUAAGAUCAUGUGAUGAUACGAUAGAUGAAAGAGGUAAGAAGAAAGGCGUGGCGCGUGCGUGUAUUAUUUUUGUGACAGAUUAGAUUAGAUAGACAUGAACAAGCGAUGGGUUGGUUUACAUUAGGAGAUAAUGACAGUGGCUGGAUCUUUGAAUUUUGAACGUUGAAUAGUGGUUGAGAAUAAAUUAAUUGGCAAAUCUUUCUUCUUACUUCACGAUGAUGACUUGCUUAAGAUAGAGAAAUGAUUGUCUUGGUUUCUUUUCUUCUCCGUCAAUACUUUGGCCAAGCAAUACCAAAUUUGUACAUGUGGAAGUUCUAUCUUUGAUAGGAGAUAGGAAAUGAUCACCUCUUACAUUAACCUUGUUGAAAUUAAUUAUCACAUUGUUAAUGAACCUUGGCAAAGAAA